CAGUUUUGUGUAACAUUUGACAUUUGCUUGUGUUUUCGUUAAAUCUGAUUUGGCCGAGACAGGAUGAGUGCCUUUGCCGGGAAUGAUGAAAACGUUGCGAUCGGCUGUCCUAAGAAGCACUGUGGCUCGGAGGAGACCAGCGACUUUGUCUCGGCAAAACCCACUGGAAGACCAUCAAUCCUACGCCAGUCGCAAAUGGAGAAUCUGGGCUUGGGUAAUGUGACGAGGAAUGUCAAGGUUUGUUUUCAAACGCCAAGGAGAGACCCUCUUACAAAGAGAAUCGUGUAUCCCGCAAAUCCGCAGAUGACUGGCCAUGCGGACCCCACGGAGACACUGAACACUCUGGAGUCUGUCAGUAAAGUGACUGCAUCUCCGGAAGGCAAGGGGACAGUGUCUGCUGCCAAACGUAAUUCGGGAAAAGAUGCAAAUGACCAAGACAAGCCUGUGGUACCCUGUUCAAAUGAUGACGUGUUGAUUCCAAAAAGUGGAGCCUACCAGCUGGAUUUUGACAACCUUGAAGCUAUGGACCCCUUCAGAGUUUCUAAUCUGAUGGGUAACUCCCCAGCAAAGAUCAAGAACUCCACCAGUUCCCAAGACACCAGUCAGAAUGAGCCCAUAGCCAAGAUCACAGAUGGAGCAAAAGAAGCACCUAAGACUGUGCAUGAAACCGAUGAGGCGCUGAAUGCAGCGCUUCACUAUGAUCCAGUCAUGGAGCAUGGACCAGCAGAUCUGUCAACUGAGGUGUGCUCCACUGACAGCACCGUGAUCAUUGAGGUGAAACAGUCGGGAGGAAAAGCUGAAAUGGGAAUGAGUUUGGAAGAGGCGCUGGAUAGCAACGGCUGCUACAGGCUUGACCAGGGUGGUCUCGUCAGUGGCAACGCUUCUCAGCCUGUAUUAUCUAAAGGCUCUUACAGCAUUGAUUUCGGCAAUCUAGAAUCUGUCAAUCCUUUUCAGACAGGUUGUUCCAAACUUCAGAAUUCCCCUGUGAUUAACAAGUUGCCAAGAAAGGGCUCCCUUUCUACCACAGAGGAAGAUGAGAAGCUUGAAUUAAGAAAAGAGGAGUCUGUCCUGCCUGAAAGCAAGCCUGUUGUUGUGACUCCAGAUGUUGCCACCGCAAAGGCCUCUUGCAGCUUAAACUUUGAUGACCCCAACUUUGACCCAUUUGGUGUGGGUAUGAAGAUGGAGAACAGUCCAAAAUGUGACAUACAACCCGGUCCCAGUCAAACAGGGAAGGUGAUGCUGGAGUAUUCCACCCAAGAGCUGGCCUCUCAGCUGGAACAAGAGGAUACUCCUGUCCAGAAGGGUGAAGCUGAUGAGGCACUACCCUGCAUUGGAAAUGUGGCUCCCUCAAAAGGGGACUUGACAUCUAUCAUAACAGAGGAUACGCCUCCCCCAGAAGCAAACAAGUCCUCAACCUGUGAUGUAACUCAAGAAUAUGCAGCUGAGCUUGACCGGCCUCUGUGUAGAACCCCUGCCACACUGGAGCAAGUGGAAAGUUCACAGAAUGGCUUUGCUGAAGCAGAUGAAAUGUUUCUUCCUGGAACCACAUUCAUGUCUGCUGAUUUUGGACAGAUUGAUUAUCUGGAGCAAUUUGGGUCCACUACAUUCAAGGAAUCUGCUCUGAGGAAGCAGUCUCUGUACCUGAAGUUUGACCCUCUACUGAAGGACAGCCCUAAGAAGUCCACUGCAUGCCCUCCUGAGCUGCACAACAUUCCUCUCCCAGCUCCCAUUACAGCGUGGUUGGAGAAACAGGGAGGUGGGGCCCAAGACAAGAAGGACUGCAGUGGUGAGAAGACAAAUGGGUUCAGUUUCCUGGAAGAUUUCCCAGUGCGGGCUGCAGGUCCUCUUACACCUAACAUGUGUGGCUCCUUUGAUUCUCUGGUUUCCACCCUCCCCAAACCAGUCACUAGUGAAGAUGCCAUCAUUGAGGUGCUGCAGUACAGCCAAAAGGACAUGGAUGCUGCCAUUGCCAAGGUUCAAGCAGAGGUGAAAGAAAGAGAAGAUGAAUGGAAAACAAAAUAUGACAAAGUAUUGCUGGAUAACAAAGAAAUGGGCUGUGAAGUCACCUGGACGUUGUAUAUUUUGAAUGUGUUAAAUGUAGCCACAAACAGACGUGGGCUGUGCCGUAAGUUGCACAGUAGCAUACUGCAUACUAGUGGAGUGGGCAAAAAGUCUAACUCGGGAGACCUGUGUGAACAGGACUUAUGUCCAUGUUUGUGCUCUCUGCAGGCAUUAACACAAGAUUUUUAUUUCAGGAAACUCAUACAUGGCUUUGAGGAGACUGUACUUGAGAUUGAGGCGACGGCACAAAAGGAAAAGGAGGCUUCCCAGAAGGAGCUCCAGAAGGUUCUGAGGGAGAAGGAGCAGAUGGCCACAGACCUUAAUGGCAUGGAGAGGACUGUGGCUGGGCUUUUGAGAAGGCUAGAGAAUCACAAAGAAGUCUUUGAAGGGUACAAAAAGAAUGAAUGCACCCUCAAGAAAUGUGCAGAGGAUUACCUUGCCAGACUCAAAAAAGAAGAGCAGCGCUACCAGGCACUAAAGACCCUUGCUCAGGAAAAGCUUGACCUGGCAAAUGCGGAGAUUGCUCAGGUGCGGGCCCACCUGAAGGCAGAAACCUCUGCCCUGCAAGUUCAGCUGCGCCGGGAGCAGCUGAAGGUGGAGUCUUUAGAAAAGAGUCUGGAGCAGAAGAAAAAAGAAGUGGAGGAGCUCACCAAGCUGUGUGAUGAACUUAUAGUCAAUGUGCAAAAACGCUGA